AUGCCUCGGCGACUCGUUACCGUCAGGCGAGUUGCCCUAGUCACUCCUAUCCCAGGCGCAGACCUGGUCGAGGCCGCAACCGUGGACGGAUGGACCUGCGUGGUGAAGAAGGCCGAAUUCAACGUCGGUGAUUUAGCUGUAUAUUUCGAGAUUGACAGCUUCUUGCCCGCGUCUGAUGAGCGCUACUCCUUUCUCAAAGUCAACACUACCAAGCAGGACGAAUUCGAAGGCAUCCGCAUCAAGACCAUCAAGCUGCGAAAAGUCUUGUCCCAGGGCUUGCUUCUACCACUUGCCACGUUCCCCGAGAUCAAAGGCACUCUCGACAGCAUGCAGGACCAACAUGGAAAAGAAGAUGCCGAGAGCAAGAUACAGAGCAUGAGCUUUGAGGACGUCCUCCGCGUGCGCAAGUGGGAGCCGCCGGCACACGAACAAGGCCCAUCCGCAGCUGGGCUGGCACCGUUUCCCAUAUUCAUAAACCGGACCGACCAGGAACGUGUGCAAAACCUGCCCAACGUAUUUCAGCAGUGGGGUGAUGCCGUCUUUCAAGAGUCCACCAAGAUGGAUGGAUCUUCCAUGACGGUGUACUUUGUCCGCAACGACGGCACCCAUCUAGACAGCCUUCCUGCAUUCGCACACAACGAACACGACAAGAUUCGGAACAUGCCGAACGGCAAAGUGGGAGUUUGUUCCCGCAACUGCGACAUUGCCCCGGACCCAAACAACACCUUCUGGUCCGUCGCUCUACGAAACGACUUGCCCUCCAAGCUCAACCAACUCAACCGCAACAUUGCCAUCCAGGGCGAACUCUGCGGAUCAUCGAUACAGAAGAACUUUGAGGGAUUUCAGAAAGGGAUUCAUGAUGUAUACCUAUUCAACGUGUGGGACAUUGACUCGCAGAGGUACUUGCUGCCGCGGCAAGUCCACCAAGAGUUGGCUCCGAGCUUGGGGCUUAAGCAUGUUCCUGUGACUGGGUAUCGGCCACUGAGCGAAGUUGCGGUUGAUUUGGCGGGCAUUCUGGAAUGGGCCGAGGGCAAGGGGAUCAAUGGGCGGAAGAGGGAGGGCAUUGUGUUGAAGGAGGUUUCUGGGGGGUUCAGCUUCAAGGCGAUUUCCAAUUCUUAUUUGCUCCGGAAUGGACAGUAG